AUGUCGAGCACUGGAGAACCAGAUAUUACUAGAAUUCUAGGUGGUAUUUAUGUCGGUGGUAUCCAACCGAUCGCUCACCAUACCCCAUUGAAAGCAAACUAUCAAAUAACGCACAUCCUAUCUGUGAUCAGAUUUGAGAUUAUCCCUGAGUAUUUAGUGAGGAAAAGUUACACACUAAAGAACAUCCCUAUCGAUGAUAAUAUGAAUACUGAUGUGCUGCAGUACUUCAACGAAACGAACAGGUUCAUAGACUCGUGCUUGUUCCCAGACGAGGUCGAGUACGAUCCAAAGAAGGUCGAUUUCAGAAAGAAGCCCCAAAAGGGUGCUAUCUAUAUCCACUGUCAGGCUGGUGUAUCGAGGUCUGUCACUUUUGCUGUGGCUUACUUGAUGUACAGAUAUGGCUUCAAUUUGAAGACGGCUUUGCAUGCAGUUAAAAGAAAGAGGUCCGUGGCAGAACCUAACGAGAACUUCAUGGAGCAAUUAAAGCUAUACGAGGCUAUGGGCUCUAAUGUCGUGGAUCCUGAGAACAAAGAGUAUAAACAAUGGAAGUUACAAAAUUCGAUCAAGAUUGACCCAUUAGGUGCUGAUAUCAUGGCCCAGAACGAGAUGUUCAGAUCAGAAGAAGCGCAAACCCAGGAGAUAGCCAAGCUUUCUGAGAAGGAAGCAAAGGAAGUUUCCGCAAUCAGAUGCAAAAAGUGCAGAUUCAGACUAGCGUUCUCGACGUCAUUCCUAGAACACGAGCCACCAAGCAAAGAAUCAAUGGAAGGACAUUUCAUCAAGAGAGCAGCUGGGUCGAGGAGAAUCAUAGAUAUCCAAGAGUCGCAAGACCAUUGUUCGCAUUACUUCGUGGAGCCACUAGAGUGGAUGAAAAAAGAGCUCCAGAAGCAGGAACUUGAAGGCAAGUUCAUGUGUCCCCAUUGCGAUAGUAAAGUCGGUGGUUACAAUUGGAAGGGUUCCAGAUGCAGUUGCGGAAAGUGGAUGAUCCCGGCAAUCCAUCUCCAAACAGCAAAGGUAGACCACGUUGCAUUGACAAAGAAGGAUUUGCCAAAUUUGGUGUCGUUCGAAGAAUAA